AUGGCACAGAUUGGUAAAUUCACUUUUGUGUCUUUUGAGUCCAUCCCAGGGCAGCUCUGGCUACAACAGCAGCUCACCACCAAGUAUGGAGUUCUGGAGGAGCAGAUCCUGAGGUUUGUCCGACAGCAGCUGCAGAGGCUUCACAGACUCCUGGCCUCAGAUUACCCAGAAUGCUCUGAGAGUGAGGAAGAGGAGAGCAAAGAGGUUUUGACCAUCACCCUGGACUUCCUGAAGAAGAUGGACCAGGAGCAUCUGGCCCAGCGCCUGUUCAGCAGGAGUAAAGUUGGAUUCAGAGAUAAACUGAAGUGUGAUCUGCAGCAGAAGUUCAGCUAUGUGUUUCAAGGUGUGGCUAAAGCAGGAGACUCUGCCCCCCUGACUCAGAUCUACACAGAGCUCUAUAUCACAGAGGGCGGAGCCUCAGAGGUCAACCAGGAACAUGAGGUCAGACACAUGGAGACCACGUCCAGGAGACUGGCUGUUCCAGAGACCAUCACAUGUGAAGACCUCUUUAAAGCCCGCCCACAUUCACCAGAGCCAAUCAGAUUUGUGCUGACAAAGGGCGUGGCUGGCGUGGGGAAAACAGUGUUGACUCAGAAGUUCAGUCUAGACUGGGCUGAAGGCCGGGCCCACCAGGACCUCCAGCUGCUGUUCCCGUUCACUUUCAGAGAGCUCAAUGUGCUCAGAGAUUCACAGUUCAGCCUGGUAGGACUGCUGCACCACUUCUUCAGUCCAUCAAAAGAUCUCUGCAGCUUCCAACAGCUCCAAGUGCUCUUCAUCUUUGACGGUCUGGACGAGUGCAGACUUCCUCUGGACUUCAGCCGAACCCAGGUCCUAACUGACCCUGCAGAGUCUGCCUCAGUGCACGUGCUGCUGGUAAACCUCAUUAGGGGGAAGCUGCUUCCCUCCGCUCGAAUCUGGAUAACCACACGCCCAGCCGCAGCCAAUCAGAUCCCUGCAGAGUGCGUCUCCAUUGUGACAGAGGUGCGAGGGUUUGCCGAUUCGCAGAAGGAGCAGUACUUCAGGAAGAGGUUCAGAGACCAGGCCACAGUCAUCAUUUCCCACAUCAAGGGGAUCCGCAGCCUCCACAUCAUGUGCCACAUCCCAGUCUUCUGCUGGAUUCUCUCCACAGUACUACAGAAUCUUCUGAAACAAACAAAGGAACCAGAACUGCCCCGGACUCUCACACGGAUGUACGCACACUUCCUGGUGGUGCAGGCCAAAGUCCAGAGCAUCAAGUAUCACCAGGGAUCAGGGGUGGACCUUCACUGGACUCCAGAGACCAGGGAGAUGGUGUGGUCUCUGGGAAAACUGGCCUUUGAACAGUUGCAAAAAGGAAACCUGAUCUUCUACGAGAGUGACCUAAGUGAGUGUGGGCUGGAUGCUGCAGCGGCCUCAGUGUACUCCGGUGUGUUCACACAGGUCUUUAGACAGGAGUCAGGCCUGUACCAGGAUAAGGUCUACUGCUUCAUCCAUCUGAGUGUGCAGGAGUUUAUGGCUGCUCUUCAUGUCCAUCAGUCCUUCUACAGCUCUAGAAAGAACCUGCUGGAUCCAUCACACUCCCCCGAGAGACCAGAAUCAGACCCUGAGGCGGCCUUCUACCGCUCUGCUGUGGACCAGGCCUUACAGAGUCCAAACGGACACCUGGACCUGUUCCUGCGUUUCCUCCUGGGGCUGUCUCUGCUAACCAAUCAAAGCCUGCUGCAGGGUCUGCUGACUCACACAGAAAGUGACCAGACCAAUCAGGAGACAGUAAAGUACAUUAAACAAAAGUUGAAUGAAAAGGGUCUGUCUGCAGAGAGAAGCCUGAACCUGGUCCACUGUCUCAAUGAGCUGCAUGACCACAGUCUGGUGCAGGAGGUACAGAAGAACAUUAGAGAAGGAAGUCUCUCUGACAGAAACAUGUCUCCUGCUCAGUGGUCUGCUCUGUCCUUCGUCUUACUGUCCUCAGAUUCAGACCUGGAGGAGUUUGACCUGAGGAAAUACCAGGCCUCAGAGAACGCACUCCUGGGCCUGCUGCCAGUAGUCAGAGCCUCCACCAAGGCCCUGUGA